GAAGCGAAAGCUGCUGCGGCGAAGAUGCACCGUCGUUCGCGAUCAGGCUGCUUCACAUGCCGAUUGCGAAGGAAGAAGUGCGAAGAAGGAAAACCGGCCUGCAAAGCAUGCACACAUUUGGGACUGCGAUGCGACUACAAGCGACCUUUGUGGUGGAGCAACGGCGAGCAACGACGAAACCAAAAAGAGCACAUCAAGAAUGUGAUCAAGAAAACACAACUCUCCAAGAAGACGCCGCAGCAGCAACAACAACAAUCGCAUCAACAAUCGCAACACCAACGCCAUCUUAGCACAAGCUCGCCGCCUCCACUCACACAUUCAGUACCCAACUCCGCAGAAGCUCCAUUCGCCGAAGCUUUCCCUCCUUCACAAUGUCCUUCAGAAGGAUCGCCAUAUUCCGUUGAUUACGACCUCACAUACACGACCGACAACGGCUACUUUUCAAUGCCACCACCACCGCAACCAUACAUUACACAUCACUCACGAUACCCGAUGUUCUCACCCUACGAGGUGGACAUCAAGACCGAACGAGAAGUCUUCGUCAACAACGUCCCCACCCGACGAGACUCAACGAUAUCAACAUUCAGCACUUUCCAGCCGCCUCCAACAUCGGACGGCCUCCCCGCUUAUCCCGCCGACAGUUGGAUCCAACAAGAACACUUUGAAUCGACCUCGGAAGAGUUCGCCGAGGAACCCGUCGACUUCAACUUUUUCGAAUUCCCUCACGGACCAUUGACACCCAAUCACGAAACAGUCAUCAACGUCGAGGAGGGCGACAAGUACCUCCUCAACCACUUCUUCGACAAAGUCCUCAAACUCAUAUUUCCCAUACUCGAUGCCAACCAACACGGCUCCACGCGCGAGGACGUGAUUCUUCCCGCGCUGGAGUCCAACCGCGCAUAUCUCCACUGCUGCCUCAGCAUCGCCGCCACUCACAUGAAAGACACCGAAACUUCACUCUCAAUAUCGCCAGCCAACAACGAGCAGCUCGAUAACGAUGUCGUCCGCCAUCGUUAUGCUGCGGUCUCGGAGCUAUGCGAGGCACUGGGAGCUGACACCAACCACGCCCAGAUCCUCGAAGCAACGCUCGGCAUGAUUUUCUUCCAAUGCUCAGUCGGCCGCGCCGAUGAUGCGCUGCCUGACAUCCCCUGGCACCAACACUUCUCCGCGGCGACUUCUCUGGUGAACCGCCUUGAUCUCCCCACAUCGGUCCUCCUACCACAAGAACAGCAUCACCAGGCUUCCUUCAACAUGACCCUCACCUCCUGGAUCGACAUUCUCGGCUCCACCAUCCUCGGUCGUCAACCCACUUUCGCAGACACUUACCGUGAGAUGAACAUGUCAAAUGGCUCUCUCGGUCUCGCCGAGCUGAUGGGCUGCGACGACAAGAUCAUGUUCCUGAUCGCGGAGAUUGCUUGCUUGGACGUGCAGCGAGGCUUUGGCCUGGACGAAGUCAUGCUGUGCAAGUACGUUGAGACGCUAGCCAACGCCAUUGGUGAGACCGAACUCAACUCCGCGGGUGUGGUGCAGAGCUGCUUCUCCACCACUGGCGCCAUUCGGCCGAAGCAGUUGACGACGAACAUCACGGCUGUCUUCCGCGUGGCUGCGAGGAUCUACCUUUGCACUCUUGUGCCGGGAUAUUCGCCUACUCAACCCAGCAUGUGCCACCUCAUCAGCCAAUUCUCGGAAUUGAUGAACUUCAUCCCAGCUGGUACUGAGGGUUUCGAUCGGAGCUUGGCUUGGCCGUUGUUGAUUGCCGGCGCAAGUUCGACGAGAGGCUCGCCAUUCCGCGGUAUGCUCGAGGAGAGAAGUGAGCGGCUCGGCGAUGCGGCGGCAUUCGGCAGCUUCGGACGCAUCCGAGAGCUGUUGAACGAUGUAUGGGCGGUGAAUGAUGACUUACUAGAGAGUGGUGUCGGUGCACCGGUGGUCGGAUGGAGGGAGGUGAUGGCAGGAAAAGGAUGGGAGUUCCUGUUGAUCUGA